AUGACUCUGACACGGCCAAAACGUAGGGCUACAAUUAAUAAAGAGUAUGCUGAAAAUAUAGAUGAAUCGAUAUUUGAGGAGCAGGCAACAAGUCGACCAACUUCAUCGUCUAGCACAACUAAAAAUAGGGGGCCAAAGAGACUGGAGAAUGAAGCUCGAAAUAAGCUGCCUUCAAAUGGGGCCACUACCAAAAAAACAAUUCCAUAUAACUGGCAACCACCUUCAGCGCCUAUAGACUUUUUUUCUAAUAAGCUAGACUUGACCGAAGCAUAUAUCAACUUGAAGUCACAAAUCCUAUAUUGCCCACAUCAGUUGCCAAUUCCAAUGUCGUUCGGCGCUCCAAGAAGAAGAAAAUCAAAGGAUAUAUUUCACAUAAAGAAAGGAGAUUAUAUAUAUAUGAUAAGUGAACCUCCAGGAGAGCCAUACUACAUUGGAAGAAUCUUGGGGUUCACGUCAAAAGUUGGUUCACGGAACAAUAGCUCGACCGAGCUCCUGGCCGACGAAGAUAUUGCUGAAGCGAAAGAUUAUGUUUUUCAGAUUCAGUGGUUUUACAGACCAAGAGAUAUAUCUAGAUCGACUUCUGAUUCACGUUUAAUAUAUGCAUCCAUGCACUCUGAUACAUGUCCGCUUUCUAGCUUCAGGGGUCUAGUUACUGUCAGACAUAAGCACGAUAUUGAGAACGAGUAUGACAAACUUUUGAUUAAGAUUGGGAAUAAAAAUGAAAGCAUUAACAAUAAUUCUAACGGGAAGUCCACAAAUUCGCCUCCUUCAGCCCUCGAUGUAUACAGUGAACAGCCAAAUGCGUUUUAUUUCGAUAAAUUAUUUGAUCGAUAUAUGAUAAAAUUCUACGAUAUAAUACUGACUUCAAGCUUGCUUAAGUACGCUGAUAUUGAGGGAAAUAAAAGUAGAAAUUUCUUGAUUGCGUUAAACAAAAGAUUUGAAUUUGUAUUUGUGGAAAGUCAAAGGUUGAAAUCAUUCAUCAAUGGUUUCAGCUCUAAUUCGUGCAACUGUGAAAAGUGCGGUCAAUGGUGUUCAACUCAAGAUUCUGUGAGUUGUGCAGUAUGUGAAAAGUUUUAUCACAUGUUCUGUCUUGACCCACCGUUAAUGAAAAAGCCUAGUAGGGGAUUCUCGUGGUCCUGUGCUGCAUGUACCAAAAAACACGAUUUGGAAUGUCAGAAGAAAAGGACUUUGAUGUUAUCUCAUGAUAAUAAGUCCUCGAAUGAAAAAGAACUUUCUGAAGAAAGAAGUGAACUUAGUUCUCCAGUUGAAAUUUCAGAAGAUUCGGAAAGUGAUAGCGAAAUAUCUGGCUCGCUCCUUCCAAAAUAUGAAUUAAUGGCAAUGGAGUUUUUAAAGAACGAUGCUCAAUUGACGCUAGAAGAAAGACGACUAAAGGAAGAGUGGAGUAUGCGAUAUUUAGGGAUGCAUUCAAGGCUCGAAGAUGGAGUAGAUAUAGAAGAUAGAUCACCAUAUCCAAGAGCGUCGACAAGAUUGGGUGCAAAACAUCAGGCUACAAAUAUACCUGAGAUGAACGAUCAUUACAUUGUUUACUACGACGAUGACUCGUCUAAAAAUGGGGGAAAGAAAAAGACACCAAAAAAGACAGGUAAAUCAAAGGCCAAGGAUGAACUAGACAAGGUUAAAUUAGAAGUUCCCGAAGAGUUCAAGGAAACACCUCCAGAGGAUUACCCAGACUGGCUUCAACCUCGACCAAAAGGUUAUAUACAAAGGGGAGUAGAUGAUGGUGAUGGGAUCACUUGUACGUUGUUGUGGAAAUCCUCAGAAGAAGACGAGUCCGAUGACUUUGCCAAAUUAGAUCACUACAUUAAAUUGUGUUCACCCGUUGCAGAAAAAUUGAAGCUUUUUGCAACCUCCCCAAACUUUAUGGACGCUAUUUUAAAAUCUUAUAUGGACCACUCUGGUGAUAUUGAAGCAUCUUUGGUUGAGGUUUCAAAGUUAACCAGAAAAUCUUUACGCGAGCCCACUUUUUCUAAAGAGGAAAUCAAAAGAUUCGAGGCAGGUGUGAAGAAAUAUGGAAGUGAGCUCUAUCCUGUGUUCAAAGAAGUCAAAAGUCAACCCUCAUCAAUGGUCGUUCGAUUUUAUUACCUAUGGAAAAAGACAAAAAAUGGGCGCUUAAUAUGGGGUAAUUUCGAAGGAAGAGCUCAUAAAAAGGUUCAAAAUAUUGUCAAGGAUGAACUGCUUUCGAAAGAAAGCAAAAAAGACAGUAUGCUGGGUAUUGACUAUUUAGCCGAUGCUGAAGAUGAUUCUGCUUAUGAAGGAGAUAAAAUUAUUGAACAUAGAAAGCUUUUUGUUUGCAAGCAUUGUCAUACCAAUGUAUCCAUUAUGUGGUUUAGAUUCACAGGAUACGAUGCAAAUACUAAGGUAGAUGGUGAAGCCAAAAAUACAGUAACUGGCCUCUGUUUUAGAUGUGCUCGUUUAUGGAGAAGAUAUGCAGUCACUUGGGAAGAGCCACAAGAAGUUGAGAAGAAAACAUCAAAAUCAUACAGCGGAUGGAAGAAAAAAAUAGAGUUUGAGUUGAUUAGAGAUGCUAAUUCAAUUUUGAAUGAAGCAGAUGAAAAAGGAGCUGAAUUAUCUUAUGAGCCAAGUCUAAAUGUCACAAGUAGCAUAGUCAACAUUUCCCGAGGGAGAAAGCCGGCUUCUAAAACUCCGUCAUCAGCUUCUUCAAGCUACACGCUGAUCGAAAAGGAUGUGAAAGUAGAAUCCCAGGACAAGAGAAAGAAGCCAGAUAGUAAACUAAAAAAACAAAGUAAAGAGGACCAGAAGAAACCAUCAAAGAAGGAUCACAAAAAGGAAGCAGUCAAGCUUGAAGGUAAACAAGCGAAUGGGAAAUCUUCUCACAAGCCGUCACCAUCAAAGCCGCAAAAAAUACGAAAUACCAAAGUCGAUGAAUCAGCCAAGACUGGAACAGUCUUGUCCAGUCUUAAAGAAGUAAGUAGCAAUGAAAGCAAAAAGGUCGGUAGAAAGCGAAAAAGAAAACCUGAGGAACUGGUUUCAGUUAAAGAAGAAAACAUGGUAAAUGAAGGUCAAACUAAAGGCAUCACUGUUGCACCCAAGACACUACACAAAAGACAAAGGAAGUUGGUUUCAUUAUCAAACAGAAUAUUCAAUCCACUAAUCAAUGGUGAUUAUUUAGCCCCAGAUACCGGACCAACAUAUAAAAUCGAUAGAAAGAAUUUACCAAUAAUGACUAAAGACAAAAUGUCAGAGAUAGUGACGAACUAUAGAAAGAGACAACUACUUGAUUUAACAACCCAGGUUCAGGCGAUGCAAAUUCCUCAUCUCCUGGUUCGGUUGCCAUUCGAUGUGAAUGAAAGGAAAUGCAGCUUCUGUCGAGAGCAUGUUCAGCAGGAGACUUCGAAGUCAGAGAUGUUAAUAUGCUCACAUUGUGGUGUGAAUGUCCAUAGCGGCUGCGUUGGAUUUAGCAUUCCUGAACUGCUUGCCAGACCAAUUAAGGAAUGGCUCUGUGAAGCUUGUAUAAAUGAUUUAAAGCCUCAGCAUUCAAUCUUUUAUUCUUGCUCCUUGUGUUUGGCGAACGAGUCUAACUAUGAACUCUCGAUAUUGGGCUCUCCAUUGGUUCGUCCAGAUUAUCUAAAACCGAUAUACGAUUCUGGAAAAUGGUGUCAUUUAUUAUGCGCAUUGUACAGCUAUAAUCUAGUUGAUUUUCGUCCAAUUCAGAGCCCAUCCUGGGCUUCUAGGAGGUCUUUAAGGGAAGAAGGCACUGAACUAAGAAUACCUGAUGCGAUUUACAAUGCUAUUUCUCUUGAAAGUGUUUCAAAGAUCUAUUUGGAGAAUUACUCUGAAAAAUGUGGUAUUUGCAACUCGUAUAAUGGAUCCUUAGUAUCAUGCGAUCUUUGUGAGAAAGCGGGCCAAAAAGAUUCAAAAUUCCACGUUACGUGCGCUCAGGAUACUCCGAAUUUCAAACUUGGUUUUAAACUAGAAACUUUAUCGAAUGUUAAGGACUUGAAACUAACAAGAAUUGAAAAAUCAUUUGGUAAAUUGAAACCUAUAAUGUUAUGUCCAAAGCACGACCAAUCGAAUGAAUCGAUAUAUAACUUAAGAGAUGUGGGCGCAAGAACUUACGGAAACAAAGAAGAGCAGAAGCCGUUGAUUAGUUUAUUUUUGGAGGACGUUUUAAAGUCUAACACUAUCAAACUCACGGGUCCUCAGUUUAAAUCGAAUGGUUACAUUGAAAGCUGUAAAAUAUUUGAAGAAAGAGAAAAAAAGUCUAAAGCUCAAAAUCAGUAUCUUAGAUUGUUUAAUCUGGCGAAUGGUAUUGUUCUCGAGAAGCCAAGCCAGAAGAAGAUCUGCAAUCUCUGUAAGACUCUAUCUUCCCCCAUGUGGUGGCUUGAUAACCAGGGAGCUGGUCAAACUGAUGUUGCUCAUAAUCUCUGCCAGUCCUGCUACCAUAAAAGGGGGGUUGAUGAGAAUAAUCACUUAGAAGAUGACAGUGAAGAAUUUCUUGAUCUUCUUCAAGAGCCAUUGAAUGGUGAGCAAUUUGGGAUACUUAGCGCUGAUGACAAGUUGUCGGAUGUAUUCAAACCUGGAUUAAGCAAAUAUCAAAGCAUGAGUCCUCUAAAUGAAAGCCGCUCUCACAUUUCUAUAGGUGAUAUUCUCAGUUGA